UCAAUAAUGCAUUAAGGACUCGUUAUUUUCUCUCUCCAUCUUUAUCUCUCUCUCUCUCUCUCUCUCUCUCUCUCUCUCAAACACACACAGACACACACAUCCUCAUUCUCCGUCUUUGUCUCUCUGUUGUUUUGGGGAGCUUAAGUCUUAAAGCACUUAAGCAGAACAAAGGUUCUGCACUUCUGCUAUCCUAAGAGAUCCGUUCUUAGCUUCUCUUUUAUUUUUAACCUUUUUUAGGCUUUCAAGCUCCCUUAACUUUGUUGCUUUCUGAAUAAUUUCAGUUAGGCUGUUUUUUUUUCCUCUUUUUUUUUCCCCUUUUUACCUACUUGUGAUUUUUACCAUUGUUUUUGUAUCACUAUUCUUGAGUACUCUUCUCUCUCUUGAGUUUCAUGCUUUAACAGUUAUCCAAGUUCUGCUUUACUUAGUUUCAUAGCUGGUUGCUGAAUAAAGCAACAAACUUGUGAAACCCCAGGAAUAAAAAAAGCACCUUUGAGUUUCGAGCUUCAAAUUUGACAUUCCCUUAUAAAUAAAAAGCAAGAUUUUUUACUCUUCAUUUAUCUGGGGUGUCUUAUAAUGGGGUGUGGAAAACUGAAGAGGUUUCUUGUUAUGGUGUUGUUCAUUGAACUGUUGGUGUGUUCAGUGGUGAGUGGAAUUGGUGUUAACUGGGGAACACAAGCAACACACCCUUUGCCACCAUCAACAGUGGUGAAAAUGCUAAAAGACAAUGGUAUUCAGAAAGUGAAGCUUUUUGAUGCUGACUCAAAUAUCUUAGAGGCUCUUAAGAAGACUCAGAUCCAAGUCAUGGUUGGUAUCCCAAAUGACAUGCUUUACACACUUGCUAACAGUGUUCAAGCUGCUGAAAAAUGGGUCUCAAAGAAUAUCUCAGCUCAUAUCUCAUCUGGUGGAGUAGACAUCAGGUAUGUCGCCGUGGGAAAUGAACCUUUCUUGUCAACUUACAAUGGAACGUUCGAGUCCACAACCCUUCCGGCUCUUCAAAACAUCCAAUCAGCUCUUGUGAAGGCUGGUUUGGGCAACAGGGUUAAAGUCACCACCCCUUUAAAUGCUGAUGUGUAUCAAAGUUCGUCGGAUAAACCUUCCGACGGUGACUUCAGGACAGACAUCCAUGAUCUCAUGAUAAAAAUUGUCAGUUUCUUGAGUCAGAACAAUGCUCCAUUCACUGUAAACAUCUACCCUUUCAUCAGCCUCUACGCCGAUCCCAACUUCCCAAUGGACUAUGCCUUCUUCAAUGGCUUCUCGAGUGCUAUAAACGACAAUGGAAAGAUCUAUGACAAUGUCUUUGAUGCUAACCAUGAUACUCUAGUAUGGGCAUUGCAGAAGAAUGGCUUCGGAAACCUGCCCAUUAUUGUUGGAGAGAUCGGGUGGCCUACAGAUGGGGACCGGAAUGCGAACCUUCAAUACGCCCAACGCUUCAACCAAGGCUUCACGUCUAGAUAUCUUGGCGGAAAAGGUACCCCAAUGAGGCCGGGUCCGAUCGACGCCUACCUAUUUAGCCUCAUAGAUGAAGACAGCAAAAGCAUUCAACCAGGUAACUUCGAACGCCACUGGGGAUUGUUUUACUACGACGGAAAGCCAAAGUACCAACUCAGCCUUGGACCGACAAGUCCGAACGGCUUGAUAGCUGCUAGUGGCGUCGCAUAUCUUCCUAAAAAGUGGUGUAUUAUGAAGCCUUCGGCGAACCUCAACAGCGACCAAGUUGCGCCGAGUGUAUCUUAUGCGUGCCAAAAUGCUGAUUGCACUAGUCUUGGAUAUGGAACUUCAUGUGGAAAUUUGGAUGUUCAAGGUAACAUAUCUUAUGCAUUUAAUAGCUAUUUUCAGGUGAAUGAUCAAAUGGACAGUGCAUGCAAAUUCCCUGGACUUUCUGUUGUCACCGAGAGAGAUCCUUCAGUGGGUGAUUGCAAAUUCAAAAUCAUGAUCCAGACAGAUUCUGCUGUCAGAAUUGGUUCUGUUAGAAUAUUGCUAUUUGUAUUCUUGUUUUUAGGUAUUGUUGUGUAAUAUUAUUUUUGCUUUUUUGAAUUUGUUAUUAUUGGAGAAAAGUGAAACCGUGUAUUUUGAGUUUCUUAUUUUUUCAAUGUGCUGGAUUGGAGCCAAUGGAAGUGAAAGCAUGUUGAAAAUUAUGUGGAAACCAAGCAUAGAGGCGGUUUUUUUUUUGUC